UGAAUUACAAGGCAUUCGAAAUGACAACAUCUACCGAAGAAGCUAUAAACACACCCAACAGUGCAUAUCCCGACUUGGAAAUGCGAUUGGAGACGUAUAUGCGAAGGGUUUUCUGUCUCAAAGAAAUCGAAACAACGAAUGAGUAUGAUCCAAAGGAAGUGGAAUAUUUCGGCGUUCUUAGCUUAAUAGAUGUUCGAGCUCCUCGGCGAAAGUUGUGGUACAUGUACUAUGCAACAACGGAGCAGUUGGGUCGAACUGUGGACCGGAUCCAUCGUAAAUAUGGCCAAAGGAACAUGUACGAGCUGUUCAGAAAGCCGGUGUAUUCUGGGGCCGGAAUGCGAUCCCGGGUUAAGAACCACUUUGGAGGACUGAAGUGGUAUGUGAAGGGAAAUGUUUUGGAAGCUCCUCCCGACAGCUCCUACAAUGAUGAGAAGGUGGUUAACACAAUCACUGAUUUGUACCGGGCCGAAAGGAGGAAAUACUAUGAUUAUCUAGUAUCUAGGAACAAUCUAUAUACGACAUGGACCUACACACAUCUCAAUGCUUAACAUAUGCUUCUAUUGAUUACUACUUAAGACUUAUUUCUACUAAGCUAUAAAUACAAGACUGCGAAUAAAUGCUAAACAGUA